GGCCGCGCUCUCCCUGCAGCCGCCGCCGCAGCCGCCGCCUGGGCCGCUCCGUGUCCCCGGUGGAGCCGCCGCCGCCGCCGCCGGGAGCUCGAUGCGGACGGAGCCCGGGCCGAGCCAUGGGGAUCCUCAGCAUCACGGACCAGCCGCCCCUGGUCCAGGCCAUCUUUAGCCGAGAUGUGGAGGAAGUGCGUUCCCUACUCUCGCAGAAGGAGAACAUCAAUGUGCUGGACCAAGAGAGGCGAACUCCAUUGCAUGCUGCUGCCUACGUAGGCGAUGUCCCCAUCCUCCAGUUGCUACUGAUGUCAGGUGCUAAUGUCAAUGCUAAGGACACACUGUGGCUGACCCCUCUUCAUCGUGCUGCUGCCUCCCGAAACGAGAAGGUGCUGGGGCUGCUGCUGGCACAUUCAGCAGAUGUGAAUGCCCGGGACAAGCUGUGGCAGACACCACUGCAUGUGGCUGCUGCCAACCGGGCCACCAAGUGUGCUGAGGCUCUGGCACCCCUGUUGAGCAGCCUGAACGUGGCUGACAGGAGCGGGCGCAGUGCUCUGCACCAUGCAGUGCAUAGUGGGCAUCUUGAGACAGUGAACCUGCUCCUCAACAAGGGAGCCAGCCUGAAUGUCUGUGACAAAAAGGAGCGGCAGCCUCUGCACUGGGCAGCUUUUCUAGGGCACUUGGAGGUCCUGAAACUGCUGGUGGCACGGGGAGCAGACCUCGGCUGCAAGGACCGCAAGGGCUAUGGGCUGCUCCAUACAGCUGCUGCCAGUGGCCAGAUUGAAGUGGUGAAGUACCUGCUUCGGAUGGGAGCGGAGAUCGAUGAGCCCAACGCUUUUGGAAACACAGCUUUGCACAUCGCCUGCUACCUGGGCCAGGAUGCUGUGGCUAUUGAGCUGGUGAAUGCCGGAGCCAAUGUCAACCAGCCGAAUGACAAGGGCUUCACGCCACUGCAUGUGGCUGCAGUUUCCACCAAUGGCGCUCUCUGCUUGGAGCUAUUGGUUAAUAAUGGGGCUGACGUCAACUACCAGAGCAAAGAAGGGAAAAGUCCUCUGCACAUGGCUGCAAUCCAUGGCCGUUUCACACGCUCCCAGAUCCUCAUCCAGAAUGGUAUGGACCUGGGAGACUUUGUGCUCUCAUCCCCUCCUCCCCCAAGGAACUCAUUUCUAGAAUCUAGGGAGAUUCCUAACUUCCUUCUCCUGCCCUCUUCCAGUAGGAUAGGCCCUUGGAACUCUGACCAAGGGACCUGUGGAAAUGGCCCUGCUCUGCCCUGCCCAGCCUGGAGGGGUUCCCUUGGUCCUCUCCUCUGGCCCUCCCAGAACUGUGCCCUCCUGGGCUGGGCCUGUCCCUGCCUCACAGUCUACCCCCGGCUCCUCAGCUGUCUGGAGUUCUUACUGGAUAACGGUGCAGACCCCUCCCUGCGGGACAGGCAGGGCUACACAGCUGUGCACUAUGCAGCCGCCUAUGGCAACAGACAGAACCUCGAACUGCUCUUAGAAAUGUCCUUUAACUGCCUGGAGGAUGUGGAGAGCACCAUUCCAGUCAGCCCUUUGCACUUAGCUGCCUACAACGGUCACUGUGAAGCCUUGAAGACGCUGGCGGAGACGCUGGUGAAUCUGGACGUAAGGGACCACAAGGGCCGGACCGCACUCUUCCUGGCCACGGAGCGCGGCUCUACUGAGUGUGUGGAGGUGCUUACAGCCCACGGCGCCUCUGCCCUCAUCAAGGAGCGCAAGCGCAAGUGGACGCCCCUGCACGCUGCUGCUGCCUCUGGCCACACUGACUCCCUGCACUUGCUGAUCGACAGUGGGGAACGAGCUGACAUCACAGAUGUCAUGGAUGCCUAUGGACAGACCCCACUGAUGCUGGCCAUCAUGAAUGGCCAUGUGGACUGUGUACAUCUGCUGCUAGAGAAAGGAUCCACAGCUGAUGCUGCUGACCUCCGGGGCCGCACUGCCCUCCACCGCGGGGCAGUGACUGGCUGUGAGGACUGCCUGGCUGCCCUGCUGGACCACGACGCAUUUGUGCUGUGCCGAGACUUUAAGGGCCGCACGCCCAUUCACCUGGCCUCAGCCUGUGGCCACACUGCAGUACUGCGGACCCUGCUGCAGGCUGCCCUUUCCACAGAUCCCCUGGAUGCUGGGGUGGAUUACAGCGGAUACUCGCCCAUGCACUGGGCCUCCUACACUGGACAUGAAGAUUGUCUGGAGUUGUUACUUGAACACAGCCCGUUUUCGUACCUGGAAGGAAACCCCUUCACUCCUUUGCACUGUGCAGUGAUUAAUAACCAGGACAGCACCACAGAGAUGCUGCUGGGAGCUCUGGGUGCCAAGAUUGUGAACAGCCGAGAUGCCAAAGGACGGACCCCCCUUCACGCCGCUGCCUUCGCGGACAAUGUCUCUGGGCUCCGGAUGCUGCUGCAGCAUCAAGCCGAGGUGAACGCCACUGACCACACUGGCCGCACUGCGCUCAUGACGGCGGCUGAGAACGGGCAGACCGCUGCUGUGGAAUUUCUGCUGUAUCGAGGGAAGGCAGACCUUACUGUGUUGGAUGAGAACAAGAACACGGCCCUCCACUUGGCUUGUAGCAAGGGCCAUGAGAAAUGUGCCCUCAUGAUCCUGGCAGAAACCCAAGACCUUGGCCUUAUCAAUGCUACCAACAGUGCGCUGCAGAUGCCACUCCACAUUGCUGCCCGGAAUGGUCUAGCUUCUGUGGUACAGGCCCUACUGAGUCGUGGGGCCACAGUGCUGGCAGUGGAUGAAGAAGGUCACACCCCAGCACUGGCCUGUGCCCCCAACAAAGAUGUGGCAGACUGCCUGGCCUUGAUCCUUUCCACCAUGAAGCCUUUCCCACCCAAGGACACCGUCAGUCCUUUCAGCUUCAGCCUGCUCAAGAACUGCAGCAUUGCAGCUGCCAAGACGGUGGGUGGCUGCGGCGCCCUGCCCCAUGGGGCCUCCUGCCCCUACAGCCAGGAGCGGCCCGGCGCCAUUGGGUUAGAUGGCUGCUACUCUGAGUAGCCCCCUCCAGUGUCCCUCCCCCGCCGGUGGCUUGAUAUCUAAUUCUAUUUAUUUAGAAAAAGUCUAAACAUUUAGGGCACUUUAAAGGAGAACACGACUGGGUGGAGGGGGCGGAGGGGAAGGAAGCCCUGGGGAGCAGCUGCUCACCCCUUUGCCACACCAUCUUGGCCUGGCAGGGGUCUGGGACUGACAGGGAGCACCCCAGGCCCUUGGUACCCCCAGGGCGACCCCUUCUGCCAAGUGUCCCAAAAUGAUUGCUAAAUGCCUGGCUCCCCCACUCUUUGACUCCAUCUCUUGGUUCCCUCUUUCUGCUGCCAGCUCCCCCGACUCUUCCCUGGGGACUCCUCUCUGUGUCCCCCUUCUCCCCUGCCCCUCCUGCCAGGCAGAUCCCUACUUCUUCCAUACCCAUCACUGCCUCCCUGCUCGGCCGGUCCCUCCAUCCCCGCAGCAGUGAGAAGCCUUAAUUUCUGGUACUGUGUGAGCACUCUGGGGGUGUCCCCCUCCCCCUUCAGGGGCAGCUAGAGGAUGAGGGGGGAGGAUAUUUAGCACUGGGGCCUGGAGCUUUUUCCCCACUUCUGUACCCUAUCACCCCUAAGGUUCAAAUGCAAAACACUUGAAGCAGCAACUACUGUACCUGGGCCCCAAUCCUGCACUCUCCCCUGGCUCCUCAUAUGCAAAUCAAGGGCUGGUUCUGCCCCCACAGCCUGCCCCCUCCCUCUUCCCUCCCACUCCUAGCCUGGCCCCUAACCACGCACUUUAACCUUGCUUCUUUCUUUUAUCUUCUUUUGGGAGGGCAGAGCCUGUGGUCAUUCCUGCCCUGGCUCUCCUUUCCUUGAACUUUGAGGCUUGUCAUGAAUUUUUAAGUAAGCGUUUUAUCCUUUAGGGGAAGAAACAAAUUAAUUUUCUGCCCAUUUCAAAACCACAGCCCUAGUAUGUCCACUGUGUUUCAGGCAUGUGUUUGCAUGUAUAUGGAGGGAGGGACCAUGUUCUUCCUCCUGUGCCCCCAAGCCCAUAGUUUAUCUGUGCUCCCUAUCUGCCUCCACCUUCUGUUAUGUCCAAGAGUACCCACUGCCCCAGUCACUCCUGAUCUGAAGCCAAAGAUGGUAGGAGGGGCAGGGCUGACAAGGGACCGUGGCUACUCGGGACCCAGGCUUCCCCUCCAAUGUGAGGAAGAAGCUCUGACCUAGAGAGAGAUGAAUAGGUACUGGGGCUUGGUCCCUGCCUUCCCAGCAGGGAGGAAAGAUGGGAUUGAGCUAGGGGCUGCACUGUUAAGAUUUCUAAAAGUCGCACCCCAAAAGCCAAACUGGGCUGGAGUGAAGAGGGGGCAGUUUUCUCUCUAAAUGUAGCAUUGAAUUUGGCCCUGGUCCCUUUAAGUGCUCUGUCCACCCAUCUCCUAGUGCGGCCUCCUGGACAGUUGGACCCACUCCUGCAGCCCAGUGUUCCCUUCCUCACACUCAAUACCUCAGCCAGGGGCCAAGACACAGAACUUGAAUAGAGGUCAUGCCCCCUCCGCCCCCACAGUGCAUCCUUGCCCAGUUUGGCUGCCAUCAGUAUUGUCCCCUGACAACUGGACAGGCUUCGUUUACACAGUACAGGGUCUCCCCCUGAGGGGGGAUCCUUCAGCCUCCCUCCCCUACCCAAGUUUGCUUUAUUCACAGUCUUACCCAUCUUUUAGUUGUAUACCCUGAAUGUCUUGCCACCCUUGUCAAGGGUGGGCUGAGGGGAGGGGGGCGUCCCAGGGACCCCCUUCCUCCCCAACAGAUACCUUUAACCAUACCUCAUGCUGGUUUCCAGAAGCCUGGGGUGUUGUCCAAGUCCUUAUCUUUUCAUGAUCCCUUUUGAUCCCCUGUCUCUCUGUGUCUUGCUUCUCCCAACCCUCAGUUCCUAAAUCAUUUCAAGGCUUCCAAAUGACCAUUAUUGAUGAGAAGGAUUGUGCAGCUUUUAGUUUUUAUUUUUAUUUUCAAAGCCAAAGGGCCUUGUGACGCCCCUCUUGCCCACCUCCCUCCACACCGUGUCCUCCCCUAUAUGACAAUCAAUGUGACCUCUCUUAAGGGCUGCAGCCCCCAUCCCCAACCCUGCUGGCUCUGCAAAGCUUGCCUUCCCUUCAAUUCUCUCUCCUGAAAUCUUCCCAUUCCACCCCCUCCCUCUCAUCUUGGUGCUGGGAAUUAGGUGGUGGAGGGCAAGGGGAGUGAGGAGAUGGGUCCUCCAGAGAGAACUUGCGGGGUGAGUCGUGUUCUCCUUUCGUGACGUUUGGCGAUGGCGGGAAGCAUCUGAGUGUCAGGAGCCCCGUUGUCUUGCUAGAUGAGAUUUCUGGGGGCUGUCUGCUCCCUGCUGCCCUCAGCGCACUGUCAGCAGUGCUGGGAGGUGGUGGGGAGUCCUCUGUCCCUCCAUAUGUGGCUGUGAGGAAGCCUGGGGGACAAGCAGCCUCCUCUCCUUAUGCCAAAGGAAACCCCACGCCCCACCCUGGGCUCCCCAGCCCUAGUGUUUUUUGAAGCAUUUUGACCAUUCUCAUGGCCACUGCAUAUUUAUUUUAAUGUUAAGAUUUUUUUUAAACCUCUUUGACUUAAACGGGUGUGGAGAAGUAAAACAGGCAGAAUGCCCCCCAGUCUUCAUGGGGGAGGGUGGGGAGGGAACAGCGCCUUCCCUUUGCCCUCCCACUCCCCCCUCUCCCCACCACAGCUCUAAAGCACUUGCUUCAAGUAAUAAGCACUUUUGUGAAAAGGCCUAUUUUAAGCGAGGACCCUGGGAGCAGCCCCAGGUCCCAACAAAGGAAACAGAGCGAGGGCAACAUAGGAGACAGGGAAACAGACGUGUGAAUCAGAGGGUGAGAUGGAAAAAGCCAGUUUUUAGUUUCUGAUUUUUGGGGAGCUAUUUCUGAUUGGGCGGUGGCUCUGGUAGGGUCAUAUACUAUCCUUCAGAAAAAUGAAUGGCACAAACUGUGGGUCCCAGGAAGGACCAGCAGACCCGGGUCACUGCCACUGUCCACUGAGACUGACGGGCCACCUCCCCCACCCCGUGGCCCCCUGAGCCAUAGGACUGCUGAAAACCACUGAAUGUACAGCCCAGGUUGGGGUGGGGAGCAGCCCCUGGGGGAGGGGGCUUCUCCUUUUGUUUGGUGCUGUGGGGGGUGGGAGAGACGAGACUGAGGGACUGCCACCCCAUGUAGAUGUGUUUCUUGGGGUGGAGGGGCUGAGGAGGGCCUACCUCCCUCUCCAACCCCAGCCAUGGCCCCUCUUCCUUCCUCACCCCUAUCCGUUUUGACUGUAAGUCCAGCUCACCUUUGCCUUCAAUAUGUAACCAAAGGAAAACUCAA